AUGAAAUCAUUUGGAGCAAAGUUAAAAGGUUUAGUUUCUAGUGGUCCAUCAACUGUUGAUUUAAAUUUUGAAACAGCAAGAAAGGAAUUUAAUACUUUAACAGAAACUAUUAAUAAAACCUAUGAAUCUUUAUUAAAACAUGACAAAAAUUUACAAAAAACUUUUAUUCAUCCAAGUAGUUUAAAUAAAAAUAUUCAAAAAUAUUUCCCAAAUACACAUCCAUUAGCAAACUAUACUACUGAAGCCAAUAAAACCAUUGAAGCUAGUUUUAAUGAAUGGACACAAAGUAAUAAAUCAAACUAUGAUUAUAUUCAACAAUAUCUUGCUAGAUCUAAAUUUAUUAAAGAUUCAGUUAGCGAUAGAGAUAAAUUAUUAGAUGAAGUAGAUAAGAGUGCAUCUAAAAUUAAAUCAUUAAAAGAAAAACCAUCAAAAGAUUUACAUAAAUUACAACAAGAACAAAAUACUUAUAAUGCUAAAAGAGAAUCAUUCUUAACAGCCAACUCUAAAGCCAUGAGUGAGAUCAGUCAAUUUUUCGAAGAUAAGAUCGAUUACUUUGAUUGGCCACUUCAAAAUAUUAUUUUGUCUCUUUCAAGUCUUUUCUCCACUAUCUCUACAAGUCAUGAAACAAAUUCACAUCUUAUUCAACAAACCCCACCAUAUUACAAUCCAGUUAAAGAGUUAGUCGAUUGUGUUCCAAAUCUUUCUUCCCCAGACGGUGAAACAUCCUCAUCAAGCCAAUCAUCAUAUUCCUCACAACCAUCACAACCAUCAUACCAACCACCACAACAAUCAUACCAACCACCAAUGAAUAAACCAGCUGGUAUGCCACAACGUCCAUCACCAUCCGCUCCACAACCAUACCAACCACAACAAGCCAAUAACCAAUACCAACAACCAAACCAAUAUCAACAGCCAUCACCACCAAAUCAAUACCAACCACAAUACCAACCACCACAACAACAUCAACAACAACAAUACCAACCACCACAACAAUAUCAACCACCACAACAAUACCAACCACCACAACAACAAGCAGGUCAAUAUGGGGGCGCUCCACAACAAAACCCUCCACGUCCACAAUCAACCCAAUUUAAACCAACUUAUCCAGUUCCAAGACCAGCAGGCUCAGUUCCACAACCAUCACAACAACAAAUGAAUCAAAUGGGUGGCUAUGCUGUAAAUGCUGCUCAAAACCCAGCUGUUCAAAGAGGUGCAAUGAAUAUUGCUCGUAAUCCAGCUGUUCAACAAGGAGUUGCCAACGGUGUUUCAAAUGCUGCUAAUCAAUACUAAACAAUUAUUUAAAUUAUUCAUAUAUAUUUAAAAACAUAUAUUUAACAUAUACCCCAAAAAAAAUUCAUACUAGAAAAAAAGCUUAUUUAUUUAUAAAUUAAUUAUAUAAAAAAACCAACGCAAUACAUUUUAGUUUAAACCAUUUAAAUGUAUUAAACUAAUAAAAGAUGUAAUUUUACCAUU